GGGGGAGUAGUAUAGUUUUUUAAUCCUACGCCGCGUUGCUUGGGGGGCCCAUGAAGUUUUCCGGUCAAAUCUUGACAAGUCUUUACAUCCCUCCGAUGAUCGGAUUCAUUUGAUUCGCCAUUUGGAGUUACAUACACAGUUUUGCAACCACGAAACCCUCUCUUCCCUAAAAUUUCCUCUUCCCUAAAAUAGAAUAAUAAUCUCAUAGUACUGCUUUUGGGUCCCAAAAGAACAGAAAAAUGUCUCAGAAUCAGCUGGUGGAACUAGAAGAUGGCAAUUCAGAAGAAGGGGAAAGAAGGGUUUCUUUAAGAAAGAAGGAGCUGGAGGUUUUUAUGAUCCCAAUUGUCGACAGAAGGAUCCACCAAGUUCUGGAGGAGACCAUUGUUCCUAUGUUCUCUAGAAUUGUCAAUGAAGCAGUUGAAUUGGCAACAGAAAAGUUUUUGGCUAGCUCGAUGCAUAAUUCUGGAAGUGGACUACGCUCUUCAGAAUCAAGAAGCCUCCAACUAGAGUUCAUGGACAAGCUCUCCCAGCCAGUAUAUACUAGUAGACUAAUUGAAGGAGAAGGUCCUACCUCUUUGAGAGUAGCUUUAGUUGAUGGUAUUACCAAACAAGUUGUUAACUCUGGGGCUGAAGCAUUUGCAAAAGUUGAGAUAUUAGUCAUUGAGGGAGAUCUUGACAGUGACCAGUGGAGGCCUGAAGAAUUUUACAAUAUGAUUGUCAGAGAAAAGGAAGGGAAAAAGUCUCUUCUUACUGGAAAUGUGUAUCUGAAUCUGGAAGAAGGCAUUGGAUAUGUACCUGAUAUUUCUUUUACUCAUAAUGCAAAUUGGAUGAAGGUCUGCAAGCUCCGUCUAGCUGCGAAAGUCGUGGACAACUUUAAUGGGACUAGAGUAAGAGAAGCAGUAACAGAACCAUUUGUCGUUAAGGAUUAUCGCGUCACCUAUAAUGAGAAGCACUACCCACCUUCUCUAAAUGAUGAGAUUUGGCGUUUGAAAAAGAUUUGCAGAGAUGGUGCUUUUCAUAACCGUUUGGUUACUGAAAACGUCAAAACCGUGAAGGACUUUCUGACUCGGUACUUUAUAAAUCGUCAAAGCCUCCAAAAUAUCCUUGGGACUUCUAAAACGUGGAAAGCCAUAGUGGACCAUGCUCGAACAUGUAAAAUUGGUAAGAGCUUGCAUCUCUAUCCUCCCAUCAGCUCUGAGACAAAAUCUGGUGUGGUUUUCAACAUCGUGGGGCAAGUGAUGGGAUUAAUUUCAGAAUGCUGUUAUGUCCCAAUUGAUAAGCUCUCUGAAGACCAAAAGGCUGUCGCCAACAACUUGGUGGUAUUUGCACUUGAACACAUGGAAGUUGUUAUGUCUUUUGCCGAUGAGACUCAUUUUCAUUCUCAUUUGCAGUCACUCAACUAUGCUUACCCUUCAAACUCACCGAGGUUGGAGAAUCCUAGCCACUAUCACUGUGAACCUUCUCAUACCCACUAUGGACAUGACCAUACACAACCAAGUACUUCUUCCCACAACAAUGAAGUAGUACCUUUCCACUUAUCCGAUGCUGCUAACCCUGCAAAUAUUCCAACCACCGAUUCUCUGGGCAUAGUGUCAUCUAAUCCAUCUUUUGAAAAUGCAAGUCAUUUGAAUGAAUAUGGCUUGCAAAAUAUUGGGGAGGAGGAUCUUGGCUCUGUGAUUUUUCCAGGAAAUUCAUCUGAUGAUUCCUUUCAAUAUCUGCUCAUGAAUUCUGAAGCACCAGAUCUGAGCAGUUUAAUCAAUGACUUUUCGUCAUCUCGUGCUGCUGAUGUUGCUAAAGCCCAGAGAAAAUGGUCAAUGUUAUACAAUGUGCUGAAGCCUAAAAGGAAGAUUGCCGCAUUGAAGCUUGUUUCUUCAAAAGCGGUGCCUGCUUCAAAGAGGCCAAAAAACUACGAAGUGUAGAAAAUCAUUAGUUAUGUACGUUUAUAUUUCUAGGAAGUGCUGCCCAGUUUAAGAAUUUGUGCAGUUUUAGAAGUAUGAUAAGUUGGAGUUUUCGGUCAAGAUACGCUUAACUGUUUGUUGUAGAUUUUGGGUUUAUAGCUACUUGGAAGUCGUGUUCAAAUUGGUUAAUUAACUUUGAAUGUUUUGAAGAUGAAUUUCAAUUAUUGAAGCUUUCGCAAUGC